UGCUUAUAACUUGUCUUAUUUCCUCUUUGCUUUCGAUUUUUUUUUUUUUUUUCUAAAAAAGUAAAAUGGAAGCCAAGAUCGGUAAAUUCUUCGAGUCCGUCGCCACCUUCUUCAUCGGUGGUGAUAAUAUCCCUUGGUGCGACCGCGACGUCAUCGCUGGUUGCGAGCAAGAGGUUAUUGAAGCUCAAAAGCAUUCCUCUGAUGAGUUUAAGAAUGAAUGCAUCAUGCGAUUCUCAUGGGCUCUUGUGCACUCAAGACAACCAGAAGAUGUAAAUCGUGGCAUAGCAAUGCUUGAAUCUUCUCUAGACAACACUGCUAGUCCUCUGAUAUUAAGAGAGAAGCUUUAUCUUCUAGCUGUUGGAAAUUAUAGAAAUCAUGACUUUUCAAAGAGUAGGGAGCUGGUGGAAAAAUGUUUGAAGAUUGAACCUGAGUGGAGACAGGCACAGUCCCUUAAGAGAGCAAUUGAAGACCAGAUAAAGAAAGAUGGUAUUAUUGGCAUAGGCAUUGCUGCUACAGCUGUGGGACUGGUUGCUGGUGGGAUUGCUGCAGCUUUUUCACGGAGGAACUAACUCAACCUUCUGUUUCUCUAGUGAUCUACUGAUAUGCCGAAGAAUCUACCUAAGUGACCAUGCUUGAUGCAACUAGAACAAACUGUAGUUGAAUACAUUGUUUAUUCCUUCUUUGCUUUGAUGUAUAUUAAAGUAUAUUGGAGAGGUUGCCCUCUUUUCUACAUAAAUUUUCUUUGAAAUAGUUUACAUAUAGCUUUGGUAUUUGGAUCA